UCCUACAAAAAAGGUUUAUUUGAUCACCCCGUCUAACUCGAAUGCACAGUCAACCUUUGUUUGAAAUAUUUCAAAACAAAAUGAAGGAUUUGGGAAUCGAGAUUGAUGUAAAGGAGCCCAGAGAAGCUAAAAACCUCGACCAUGAUCUUUUGUUGAUAAUAGUUUGCAUUGCUACAUCCCGCAUUGAAUCUGACAUAAAUAGUUGCUGUGAUGAAGACUUAAGAGCCGUUCGCAACAGAACAAUAUUGAUAGUUUUGCAUGUUGUUAGAGAAGGGAAAGAGCCAAGAAUACCUACAGAGGCGAAAAUAAAGAGCGACAGCAUUUUUAAAAAAUCUCCAAAGUCUAAGAUUAUUGACAUUGCUUUUGAUACCAAAACUGGAAUGUAUGAUUGUAUAAUGAACAACACUGCGGAAGACUUUUUUCGUCAUCUUGAUGAAAAUAUGACUCCCCUAACAAGCUAAAAAGAUUUGACUUUUUUUUCAGUUGGAUAUUUUCCCCUUUUUUCUCUCUCUUUUUCUUACGUUUUUUUUUUGUUCUAAGCUUUAACAUUAGUAUUUAAUAUAUACAGAAUAACAAUGCACAAAAUAAAAGGUUUCUUAAUAGAAGAACAUGCAAAUGUAUGAUUGUGCGUUAUUUGCAUUUCUGUAAAAGAGGCAACUGUUUUGUUGUGAUAACAAAUCAAUUGAUCAAACAUGAUAUCUAGAUAGUUUAAGGUUAUAAAAUGCGAUUUAAUAGGAAAUAAGAGUUAUUGAUAUAAAUUCUAUGCUAGUUAUUAAAUUGUUGUUUUCUCUAUUGUUGUCGAAGUUGCCCCCAUUGUUCUUAUUUUUCUCUUUUCCUUUUGUUUCCCAUGCUGUACAUCGAUAUUAAUGCCUUUAAACACGUUUGUAUUGUUAAGGAUUUUGCAAACGGACGCUUUGUAUAAGUGUAUUUAUACCAUAAGUACCUAUAUUAUCAAUUUAUUGUUUAACACUUGUUACGUUUAACAUUUUCAUUCUUCUAAUAAGAUACCAAAAUAAUAUUAAUUCAAUCAGUAAUAAAGAAACAAGCGUAAGAUGAAUAGAUGG